CUGCACUCGGCGAAGGUGGACACAUCUGAACAGCUGCAGAUAAAGCAAAUUUUUCGACCACUUCUGGCUAUAAGUGUAGGAAACGUGGAUGGAGCCCGCUGCCGACCUUGCUGAGGAGCUGCAGCUGCUGCAGUGGCUGAUGCACUGGGCAGGCACGAUGCGGCACCCGAGGGCUGGACCCUGGGCAGGCCGCGCCUACUACCUGCUGAACGCGAUCGCACUGGCGGCCAUUGUGCUCUUCCUGUGCGGGCAAGGGACCGCCAUCUUGAGGGAAGGCACGCGUGACCUGGACCGCUUCAUGCUCAUGGUCUCCACCUUCAACUCCGUCACCAUCUGGUUCCUUCGCAUGUGCCACAUAGCCAUUCACGAGCACCAGUUCCACUUCCUCGCGUUGCAGAUGGACCGUGACUUCAGAGAGUUCUUGAACCUGCGUGACAUCCCUCCGCUACGGAAGCGCUGUCGAGGUCACCGCCGUUUCCUCCUCUUCUACUUGACACUUGGCGUAAUAGUAAGCGUGGUGUGGUCAGUCCUUCCCAUGGCGACCUUUGGCGUUGGGCCUGAAGCCAUUCCGAACGCCAUGGCACUGCCUUACGACGUUUCGCACCUCCACACCUUUAUCCCCACCUGGAUUUUUUCAGCUUUUAUCGUAGUGCACGUCACGAUCAUGACUAUUACCACUGAUACUUUCAACGUCAGUCUUAUAGCACAGCUGCGUUUCCAACUCUUUGUGCUUAACAGGAAUCUCAUAACCCUCAACGCUGAUGUUGAGACCAUCAAGUCUCCAUUAACAAAAGGGAACUACAUCACAAAUAAGAGUUCAAAUGAGUCUCUAGAACACAGAAACAUCCACCACCGCCUGAAGCAAAACGUUCUUCAUCAUCAGCUUAUUAUAAGGAACACUGAACUGAUGGAGAAGUGCAUAGGCGGCAUAUUAUUGGCCCAGUGCCUGUCCAUUGGUGCUGCAGUCUCCUUACAGCUGUUCCAGGUUGCUGUGAACUCACGGAGCCUCACGCAGGCAGGGAAGUGCAGCUGGUACCUGACCCUAAUGCUAGCGGAGGUGUUUGUAUACUGCUGGUUCGGAGACGAGCUCAUCACGGAGAGUGAGAACGUCACCAUGUCAGCCUACACAGCAGCGACGUCACUACAGGGGUUCCCCGCUGAUGUCCGGAAGUCGCUGCUGCUGGUCAUGACCCGCGCUCAGCGUCCGCUGCGCAUCACCGCCGGUGGGCUGUUUCCCUUCUGCAGGGAAUCCUUCGUCUCGAUUGUGAAUAUGUCUUACUCCUAUUUCGCCAUUCUUCGAAACUUUAAGGAUGACUAGCAGUAACAAAUAACACUGUUCUUGAAUCAAGGCACAUGGACUUAUGAAUUAUACUCUGAUUCUGCAUGGAAUUUUUAUGCUAAGGAUAAUUAUGUAUCAGUUUCACUAUUUGUACUGAGCAUACCUGAAUUGUAUUGCUUUUCUCAUCACUGAACCAUAACUGAAGGACAUAAUAAAAGACGAAUUAAGAUUCAAUA